CACAGCUUGAUCACUGUCAUUCGUCGGCCAAGGAACGCGCAAGAAUGAAACGAAAAUCUGUAGCAAAACAGAAACGCAAAGCGUAAAAGCUGUUUUGAGUUGCAGUCGCUUCGCAGCUGAAUCAUUCUUAUCAUCUUAUCGGCAUUGAAUCUGCCCGCGUCCCGUCGUCGCCGUCGUUGUGGAAAAAUGAUCCAAUUCGUGCUGUUGGUGUCGCUCUGUCUGCUGGUGCUGAGCGUGGACCGAGCGGACGCCUCCGGUAUGGACUUUGCCGACACGGUUGCACUAAUUCUUGGCCUCGCCCUAGGUACCAUCGGCAUACUGGCCUGCCUGGGACGCUACGCUCGUCGGCUGCGGGCCGAACAGUUCUGAAGUUACGGCCGCUGUCACCCGGGGAGUUUUGUUAGGUUAAGCUCCGUUUUAGUGUAAGAUUUGUAAGGUAAAUUAAGUCACGUAAUGAACAUUCUGCGGUUAUCGGCGAGGCCGGUGGCGAGGUUCGCCGGAGGAAUACGAGCAGGCUCCGGAGUGUGGCAUUUGGAGAGGAUCGAGACGAGGAGAUGUUUUUCGGUGGACAGUUCUGUGGUUGGAAUAUGGGGGUCACUUUCAAAUAGCACUCCGGUGGCCUAUUGCCAGCAGGCUCUGGUGGACCUUCAUGAUCUUAGCGGCUUGCCUUGGUGGGCGUCGAUAAUCCUGUCAACCGUUUUGCUGCGAACGGUCGUCACAAUGCCGCUGGCCAUUUAUCAGAACAAAAUUGUGGCACGGUUAGAGAAAAUAUCGCUGGAAAUGCCAGAUAUAGUAAAGCAACUGAAAAUGGAGACUGCAGUGGCCAUGAAGAAGUUCCAUUGGAGCGAGAAGGAAGCCCGAAUUAUGUACAAUCAUUCGUUAAAGAAGCAGUGGAACAAUCUGGUCGUCCGGGAAAAUUGCCACCCGGCGAAAACGAUGAUCCUCCUGUGGGGACAAAUACCCCUGUGGGUGAUGAUGUCCGUUUCGAUUCGGAAUAUGGUGCACAUGCUGCCCGAUCCCGGUUCUAUUGAGGCUCAAAUCACUUUCACCGAACUGACCCUCGGUGGAUUCGGAUGGAUUCCCAACCUGACCGAAGUGGACCAGUCGCUGAUUCUACCGGUGGCGAUGGGAUUGAUCAACCUGACGAUCAUUGAGAUUCAAAGUGCCGCUAGAACCCGUGAGCCUUCCAGAUUGCAGAAAAUUUUUACCAACAUGUUCCGAGGCUUGAGCGUACUGAUGAUACCCGUCGCAGCCACAGUACCAUCGUGUCUCUGUCUGUACUGGGUAACCUCGAGCGCCUGCGGUCUAGGCCAAAAUCUGCUACUGAUGUCACCUCGUUUCAAACGGCUGGUCGGAGUCCCCCUGGUGCCCUCGGAAAUCGCCCGGCCCUAUCAACACAUAAAGGCAACAUUUUCCUCUAGAUUCGACGCUCUAUUGGCAAAGCACUCUUCGUAUUUAUCCAACUCGGCAAGCCUCGUUGAAUAAGAGUGUGUGUAGUGA